AUGGGAAGAUUCAAACCAACAAUACUAGAUGAGUUUAUAGAGAUGAAAGAUGAUCACAAAAUUUCUACAAACAUGGAUAAUAUUCUAUCAGCAUGGGAUCGAAAAUUGAAGGAAGUUAUUUCUACCGAUCUAUCAAAUAAAACUUGGGAAGGCCCAUUUUAUUAUGAUGUAUUCAUUGGUAGUAUGAUUACUUUACAAUGUGUAAUAAAUGAAAGUAAAAUUGAAGACAUUUACAUUGCAAGAAAUACCACGACUAAUAUAGGGAAUAAAUCAUGGGCAUUAUUAUGGAUUCAUAACACAUGGACAAAUGUUAUUGAUCCUUGGUUAGGUGAUGGGAGACGCAGUUACAAUCCAUUAGAUAAUAAUCGUUGGGAAAUACCAAACAUUGACUUAUCAAUAAGUCAGGCAUAUUUAUCAAUCAUCGAUGUUGAUCCAACUGAUGUUGGAGUUUAUGCAUGUGUUAUGGUUACCUAUUCAAUUCAAUUUGGUUAUUCACCAGUUGAUUUAAAGCAAACUCAACUAAUAAGUAUUCAUAUGGUACGAAUUCACUCUAACUUAAUAGUAGCACCAGAUUGCCGAGAUGAGGAUAACGAUCUGCAGAAUAGAAAUUACUGUAAAACUGGAUUUGAACAAUGGAGAUUUAAUGUUUAUUAUCCAACUGAUGGACGGGUAAACAUUACCUUAUUUCAUGCUCCAUGUAAUGCAGAUAUUUUUCUAACAGCAUUAACAAUGAAUAAUGUAGACCCGACAUUUUGGAGUAUUGGUUGGAAAUUCGUACCAUAUGGUCAAAUUGAUGAUACAAAGGUUGUUGAAAUGAAUGAAAACUCAAAUAUUCAAUUGUUACAACCAUCUUAUAAAUAUCUUGAAAAUCCUCCCAUUAUCAAUUCAUCGUUGGUUAAAUUCAAUGAAAAUGUAACUUAUCUAGAUAAGAAUAAUUUAUUGACAAGACAGAUUCAUGCAUUAACUUAUUGGAAGGCUAAUUGGCUUGCUUUAAAUAGUUCUAUAAAACAGAAAUCUGGGGCAUGGCAGUGUUGGAUUCAAAGAUCAAUUCAUAAAAAUGACUCAUUUACAACUGAUAUUCCCCAUAUUCGUUGGUUAACAAAUGAAGUACAUGUGAAAAUUAUACCUAGAAAAUAUAUUAAUCAAUUAGAGGUAAUAAUCGAAUUAUGGCGUAUUAUUGCCUUAAUUAUGGCUCCAUUAGAUAUUUUUCUGUUGUUCAUACUAUUCACUGUUGGUUGGUAUUUAGCCUAUUAUUAUGAAAGCAAGUCUAAGUCAAGGACGAAAUCGAAUAACACAUGCAAUGCAGAAGAAAGUUCAACACAAUCCAUUCAGCAGCACCGAAAUUCUGAUGAAUCAGAACAAAUAUUUAUACCAACUCAGUAUGUAGAUGAAUUUCUUCAAAACUCUGGUGUUGAAUCGUAUAAAGAAUAUAUUAUUCGUAGAAAUAAGAAAAGGAACUUUAAUCGUAUGGGUUUUAAUUGAAAAUAAUUUGAGUAGAGUUAAUAUAUGAAAAGAAGCAUCUAUAUUACAUAGAACACUGGCAAAUUAUUAUAAAGUUCGUAAAUCUAACAAGACAUUAUAUUUAGUAUCAAGCGUUUAUUUUUAUCAUUCUUAGCUACAUUUUCUAUUCUCAUUGACAUCAUAUGGUAAAUACCUUUCGAUCUUAGCAUAAACUAUACAUUGAUCCAUUGUACUCCACUGUACAUCUGUGAAAAAAGGUACUACAAG